UUUCUCGUUCUUCCACCCUCCCCCUUUCUUCUUCCAAGCCCGUUAGGGCCGCGUCGGUGAGCCCCAGUGGAGGAUUUACGAGUGGCUCCGCGACGGGACGGAGAAGAGCUGCUAAACCAGGGAGUUGACCGGGGAAGCCUCGGCCCGGCCAUGGGGUCCUGAGGGCCUUUCCCUCUCCCCGUUCCCUUGAGCCCCGGAGAGUCGGGUUCCCUAGCAAGAGAAGGGAAGGGGAGCGGCGGCAGCGGCGGCGGCAGGGCGGCUGGUGUUUGGCAGUGCCUCGUGGCGUUAUACAAGCAAGACUAGAAGCUUUAAACCUCCUACCUGUCCAGAUGGAGAAGAAAAGUCAGUUCUAUUAGCUAUUCAGUACUACAUAGCACCACUCACUCAAAAACAACUACUACAUCUACAACAAUAGAAAUUCUAUACAGGUUUGAACAACCAAAAAAAAAAAAAAUGAUGAUUGUAGUAACUGGAGCCAUGUCAGUGCCUGAGUCAGAAUUCCCUGCCAGCACUCCUGCCACAGCCCCUAAUUUAUCCAGGAUGCCUGAGGAUGGCAGCCUCACUGCAGUGGAGCAGCCAAUAUUCCUAAUGACAACAGCUGCCCAGGCCAUCUCAGGUUUCUUUGUGUGGACAGCUGUGCUGAUCACCUGCCACCAGAUCUACAUGCACCUUCGCUGCUACAGUUGCCCCAAUGAGCAACGCUAUAUUGUCAGGAUUCUUUUCAUUGUUCCCAUUUAUGCUGUUGACUCAUGGCUCAGUCUCCUUUUCUUCACCAAUGACCAGUACUAUGUUUACUUUGGGACAAUACGGGAUUGUUAUGAAGCUUUUGUCAUCUAUAACUUUCUUAGCCUCUGCUAUGAGUACCUAGGUGGAGAGAGUUCCAUCAUGUCUGAGAUUAGAGGAAAGCCUAUAGAGUCCAGCUGCAUGUAUGGGACUUGUUGCUUAUGGGGAAAGACAUACUCGAUUGGUUUUCUGAGAUUUUGUAAACAGGCCACACUGCAAUUCUGUGUGGUAAAGCCCCUCAUGGCAAUUAUUACAGUUGUUCUUCAGGCAUUUGGAAAGUACCAGGAUGGAGACUUUGAUGUCACAAGUGGAUAUCUCUAUGUGACAAUCAUUUACAAUAUUUCAGUCAGCUUGGCUUUGUAUGCCCUCUUCCUCUUCUAUUUUGCCACCCGUGAACUUCUCAGUCCUUAUAGUCCUGUCCUAAAAUUUUUCAUGGUCAAGUCUGUUAUUUUCCUGUCCUUUUGGCAAGGGAUGCUAUUGGCCAUUUUGGAGAAGUGUGGUGCAAUCCCUAAGAUCCGCUCGGCCAAUGUAUCUGUGGGGACCGUAGCGGCUGGCUAUCAGGAUUUCAUCAUCUGCGUGGAAAUGUUCUUUGCAGCUAUUGCUCUGCGGUAUGCAUUCACUUACAAGGUCUAUGCAGACAAGCAUCUUGAUGCACAAGGACGGUGUGCCCCAAUGAAGAGCAUCUCUAGCAGCCUUAAGGAGACCAUGAACCCCCACGAUAUUGUCCAGGAUGCUAUCCAUAACUUCUCCCCAGCCUACCAGCAAUACACACAGCAGUCCACCCUGGAACAUGGACCAGCAUGGCGGAAUGGCAGUCACAUCAUUUCACGUUCUCAUAGCACCUCUGGUGUCCGUGACAAUGAGAAGACCCUGCUUUUGAGCUCGGAUGAUGAGUUUUAAGGGGUUGGUGGACCAUGCCAUAGCCUGGAACUUUCUUUUAUUUAUUGAACUAGAAAACAGGUUAUAUUCCUUUUUUACAUGGUGCUCGAGUCAGGAUUGGGCACCUUCUGAUGCCAAUUGUAAGCAAGGACCAUUGUGGCUAAUGCGGGUGGUAUGGACUUUCUUUUCUAAAAGCUUACCUAGUCCACAUUUCACUUAAUAAAGAAAAAUAAAAAUAAAAGAAUACUAAAUUGUAGCCUAGAACAGAGGUGUAAGAUGAGUAAAACACAUUUUAAUAGUUUUUAUGUUAUUGGUAAGGCAAAGGGCUGGUAAUACAAAAAUCAGACAAAUGUUUCCCAAUAAAUGAGGCUGUAUCUUUAUUCAUUUGCUAAAUUAUUUGAAAUGAAACUAGCAGAAAAUUUCCUUUCUGUACUCUAUUAUGAAAAGGUAUCUCUACCCUCAUAAUUCUGAUUGAAGAUAAACAGUCAUCCUUAGCUAUUGCCCCGUUAAUUCGUUCUAUUAAGUUUUUCAUUGUGGGCAGGAUUUAUUUUAAUUAAUAGUGCGAUAUAUGCAAUUAGUCUUUGCAAAAGAUCCAGAGUGCGAAUGGGGGAAGACAAGAAAUUCUUUUUCCCUAUGCAGAAGUGAAAUAUAGCAUUUGUGGGUAUUUUUGGUUGCCCAGUAUUUCAAAAGAAUCUGCAAGAUAUUUUCUGCAAAACAAGGUUUCUCCCAUCUGUAGAGAAAGACAUCUCUGUAAGAAUGAUCCAGAAUUUCAGGGAAAGCUUCCCAUGAUACAAAUCUGGAUGCAUAGUCCCAGGAAAGUUGCUCAAUAAAUAGAAGCACGUAUCCCAUAUAAUAUAGGUUUCAUUAUGGAUGAGGGUCAUGUUGAAUUAUUUUUCUUUAGGCCUCGUCUGAUCUUCCUAGAUACCAAAUCCAAAUGUGCAAGAUUGCUUUCCUCCAUUAAUUUAAUUUGUGAUUGUAUGCACUGUUAGAAUCUGGUUGCCUUUUGUCAUUUGUGUUUUCUUCUGGAGGAGCAAUUGUACACGCAGUGAUACAGAAAUCUCUUUUGCACUGUCUGUUUUUGAACUCUGCAUCUCCUGGACUUUAAAUUCUAUAACAUUUAUGGCAAGUUACCAUUUGUCCUUUCUGCUGUAAAUAUUUUACCUAUGUUAAUAGUUAAUUUUAAAUGCAGUGGGAUGGAAUUCGCCUAAGAUGGAGAACAUUCCAUUUUCCCUUCCCUUCCUCUUGUUCUGUUCCAGUCUGGCCAAGAUAUCUAAACAUAUCUGUGGGAUGUGUGGGUAUUUUCUUUGCCAUUAUUGUCUACAAACCAUGAGAUUAAAACAUGUUGAUCUCAUUAGGCAUGAUGUAUCUUUUGUCUAAGAAUCACAAGCUCCCCUAUGCAAGCAGUAAAAUCUGCUGCCACUGGAUUUGCCAGAUACAUUUUAAAACUGAAAAGGGCAAUCAGAUUAAUUGUAAUAUAUUGCACGUCUUUGUUGCUGUUGUGGGUGUGGUAACUGUGCCUGUUUUAACACAUUGCUGCAUAAAAGGGGGGUAACAUUAGGCCCUUCCUGAGUCUCCUGCAUAGAUUAUGAAAUCAGCAAUGCUGGCUCUGUUCUAAGCUGCUGGCUCUCCCACAUCGUGUUGUGGUUAUUUGGCACUUUUUCAUAUGGUGCCUGUAACCCCUUCACUGGAGAGUCUAAAUAUGAGGAUCUCAGGGGGGGGUUGACUCUAUUGCUCCUUUUCUCUGUGCCUUAAUAUUCUCACCUGAGACCCCCCCACACACAUGCCACAUUAUAGCAAAGACAGAUUUGUAUAGCAAUUAUUAGCAUCCUUUCUCCAAAUUGUACUUGUUUGGCAAAAUGUGUUUGUGUGGACUUGGGAAGUUUGCCGAAAUUUGUUUAUUCUUUUUCCUGGAGAGAUAGUGAGGUUGUGGCUGCUGUCAUCAUAAAAUGCAGUUCCCUUUUUCCAGAAGAUAUUGGAGAAAAUUUGAACAAUGGAGGACAAACGCUGCAUUCACAUUUUCUGCCUGAAAUAGUUAGAGAACUUGAGAUAUGAAGAAAGGAAGACAGAACAGGAACAUGUCUCUGUAAGCACCACAAUCAUCUGCCUUGCUUCAUUUGACUUGUACAACAUAUUCAUAUGGGCUAACUUUUAAAAUCCUGUCAUUGGUUCUGGGCACCCAGAAUUCCACAAACUUAGAUAAUUGAUGUCCAAUUAAAAUAACAGACUAAUGGCAGCAAAAAUAUGAUGAAAACUUCCUCCAUAUAUAUAUAUAUAUAUAUAUAUAUUCCAUGUAUAUGGAAUAGUAGGGAUUUUUUAUUGAAUAGGAUGACAUACAACCUCAAUAUUUUAAAGAGAUGUUGAAAUUAGCAUUUUUCUGCUAUUUAUUAAAGAAGCUGGACCUUUUUCCAGCUUUUAUCUUGUGUAGAAGCCAAGAAAAGUGUUGCUAUUGCUUUAAGGAAUUACACUCAUUGAAGUUAAAGUGAUUCUUACAAAGCAACAACAUUUUUGUCAGGCAUCUGAAGAAACUUGAACAAGGUCAGGCUCCUUUAUUGAAUUGCAGAACCUCUCAUGCACUUCCAAAUAAUGUUUGAAGCAUGCACAGUCUCUCUAUUUAUUUCAGCGCUACUUUGCUUCCAAAUAAUUUUCCUAACUAUCCUCGUUCUCAGAAUACCUUGCUAACACUUGCACGUGUGAAAAGUUUUCAUCAUAAGCCUCCUUUUUAAAUAGAAUGGGUGAAUAAUGUGACUGACUUGCAGAUAUUUCAGUGUUGGGGAGAGCUCUAUUUUUUAUUUGUAUUAAUGUGUACCACAUAUAUGUAUACUAUGUGUACAAGCUGAUUACGCGGAAGCAACCUAUAAGCAGUUGUGAUACCCACAAAGCAAAUACCAUGGGUCCAAUAAUAGUGUGACUUUUAAAAAAAUAGAGCCAUAUGAAAGCCACAGUGCUGCGUGAUGGGAAGAGUUUAUUGUAUAUCCAUACAGGAAAGAGAUGAAAGGGAUGACUGGUCAAUGAUUGCCCAUCCCAGUUAGGGUUCCUGGGAGACCAACCAUUUAAUACAUGUGCUUAUACAUGUGUCCCAUCAAAAUAAUAUUGGCACUGCAGUACUAUCAGCUCCUUUCCUCUCUCUCCUUGGGUUUUUUUUUUUUUUUUGCCAUGCAGCAUACUGCGAGUUUUGUUUUUACUAUUUUUCCAUAUAGUUUAGAUAUUUGUAUAUAAAUGGGG